AUGGAAAAGUUCUACAAAGAAAAUGAAGGAAAGCCAGAAAACAAGGGAAGGGCGGAAGAUGAAGGAAAUCCAGAAGAACGAGGAAAUGCAGACGAAGACAAGUCAGACGCAGGCGGGAAGCCUGCACGCCAGGGGAAGCUAGAGGAGGAGGGAGGGCCAGGUGAACAGGGACAACAGAAAGCUGAGGGAAAGCCAGAAAAUCAGGGAAAGUCUGAAGGGGAGGGCAAGCCAGCCAGCGAGGCGCAGGCCGCAGAAAAGCGCCCUGCUGAAGAUUACGUGCCCCGGAAAGCCAAGCGAAAAACAGACAGGGGGACAGACGAUUCUCCCAAGAGGUCCCAGGAGGACUUCCAGGAAAGGCAUGUCAGCAGUGAGGAGAUGAUGAGAGAGUGUGCAGAUGUGACGAGGGCGCAGGAAGAGCUGAGGAAGAGGCAGAGAAUGGGAGGUUUUCCCUGGAUGCCGAGAGAUGCUGCGCAGGAUGCUGUAGUCCCCAGGGGCCAACGGGGAGUCAGGGGAGUGAGGGGAGGAGGAGGCAGGGGCCAGAAGGACUUGGAAGACGCUCCCUUUGUUUAA